CUCACUGAGGCGCCUGUGGAAUAAGACACUUAAGUGAUCCGGUGCACUGACGCGUCACUCCGUGAGGACAUUUAUUUCAUUCUUACUGUGACAGCAGUUAGUGUGGCAUUGUCUGCCGACUCGGACUUUCUGGAAGAAAAGCUUUAUUUCUGGCUGUGCGUAUAUAUUUCUGUUUCUGACGCUCCGGUGUAGUCUGCUGAAAUCACACCCCAUUGGACUUUUUUUUUUCUUUUUGUUAACUAACUCCAAAGAAAAGUCACCAUGGCAGAGACGUCGGCCACUCCAGCCAAAGCCAAAAAAGCAGGCAAGCCCAAGAAGCCUGCUUCUCAUCCCAAAUACUCGGAGAUGAUAAAAGCAGCCAUCGCGCACGACGCCAGCCGGAACGGAGCGUCCCGGCAGUCCAUCCAGAAGUACGUGAGGAAGACCUACAAGGUGGGCGAGAACGCCGAUGUGCAGAUUAAAUUGGCCCUGAGGAGGAUGGUGGCGGCAGGGAGCCUGCGCCACACCAGAGGCAUCGGCGCGUCCGGAUCCUUCAGGUGGGCCAAACCAGAGGACUCCAAAAAGUCAGUCAAGGCGCCGGCACCUGCCAAACCGAAGAAGGCAGUGAAGCCCUCCAAACCCAAAAAGGCGGCCAAGCCCAAGAAAGUGGCCAAGACGCCGGAAAAAACCAAGAAGGCACCUGUAAAGAAAGUGAAAAAGGUCGCGAAAAAGGCGACACCGGUGAAAGCCAAAAAGGCACCAGUCAAGAAAGCAAGCAAGGCAGUCAAGCCCAAGGCAAAACCAGCAAGGAGGGCAACCAAGCCCAAGGCAAAGUCACCCAAAAAGGGAGCCAAAACAGGCAAGAAGAAGUAGGACAAUAUCAGAGAGACAAAGUCACUGUAAAUACUUAAGGAAAUGUUUUCGUAUAUGUAUUAUUUUUGUAAGCUCUCAUGCAAACGUAUGCUGUUUUUACCAGUAGUUUCCUCUCCAUUGCACUAUAGCUUAUAGAUGCUGUAGACAUAAUUGUGAGCAUUUUUUUUUUAUUUGGCGUUAAUAAUGCUGUUCAUUUCUAUCCGAUCCUUGGAUUCAUACUGGCUAGACUAGCGUCUUUCUGAAAAGGAAAAAUGUACAUACAGUUGAACUUACGAAUAGUCAUCGUUAGUGCACGCGGGGGGGCAUACUGAAAAUACGAAUGUGACAAUGGUGAGCAUUGUUGAGCCUUUACAAUGUACAGCCCAUAUAGGCAGUGGACGUCAGCAAGAUUCUCCUAACGGCUCUAUAGAUGUCACUCAAGCUCCGUUCUGUAUGUUUCCUCAUGUUCAGACGACUCAUACUAUACAAACAUCCCAACUGUGUUCAGUCGCUUUUAAAGACUGGUUUUACUGCAAUUCAAUAAACCUUUGUCAUCUUCUA